AUGCCUGAAGAGAAAGUAGCAACUAAGAAGAUUAAACUUUCAGCCUUGUGUGAACUUUGCAAUGGCCGUAAGGCAGUGAUGAAGAGACCUAAAAAUCUUCAAAAAUUAUGUAAAGAAUGCUUUUACAAUGUUUUUGAAACUGAAAUACAUAAUACUAUAGCUGAUGCUAAUUUAUUCCAACCCGGAGAUAAGGUUGCGAUAGGGGCAUCGGGAGGAAAGGACUCCACUGUGCUUGCAUCUGUUUUGAAGACGUUGAAUGAGAGAUACGACUACCGAUUAGAACUCGUUCUUUUGUCUAUUGAUGAGGGUAUUAAAGGAUACAGAGAUGACUCUUUGGCUACAGUUAAAAGGAAUCAGGCUCAAUAUAAUAUGGCUUUGGAAAUUAUAUCUUAUAAAGAUUUAUAUAAUUGGUCUAUGGAUGAAAUCGUUUCGUGUGCUGGUAUUAGGUCCUCAUGCACAUACUGUGGUGUUUUGCGAAGACAGGCCUUGGACAGAGGUGCAGCAAAGUUGGGAAUAAAUCAUGUUGUUACAGGUCAUAAUGCAGACGAUAUGGCAGAAACAGUCUUGAUGAACUUAUUGCGUGGUGAUACAGCGAGAUUAGAGAAAUCAUGUACCAUAUUAACACAGUCUACAGGCUCUCCCAUUAAGAGAUCCAAACCAUUUAAAUACUCAUAUCAAAAAGAAAUUGUGUUGUAUGCUCAUUAUAAGAAAUUAGAUUAUUUCUCAACUGAAUGCUCUUAUGCACCAGAAGCCUUUAGAGGCACAGCAAGAGAGUUGUUAAAAUCGUUAGAAGCUAUAAGGCCUUCUUGUAUUAUGGAUAUUAUUUAUAGUGGAGAGCACUUGGCAUUAGCUCCUAAAAAGAAGAGGACUCAACAAUAUAAAAACAAGAAAAAGACUCAGGUGGAUAAUGAGCAUGAGAUCAAUGCUGAUGGGUCAAUUACAAUUGGCACAAGGGAAUUUAAGGACGGUAAUAGAUGUGAAAAUUGUGGGUACUUAACAUCAAAUAAAAUUUGCAAAGCUUGCGUAUUAUUGGCAGGAUUAGAAAUGAAUAGGGCUAAAGUUAGUGUUGAUAAUAACACUGCAGUUGAUGGUGCUGCAAAGUUAACAAAGACUUUGGAACAGUUAAGUUUUUGA